AUGACUGGACCGCCACCCACGCCAAACACGCUCACCGAGCCGCUCGCCGACGCACCCGUGCGCCGUUCCCGGUUCUCGAUCAAGUGGAUCCUUGGCGUCGUCGGCGUCGUCGGUGCCGUCUGCGUCACAGUCGGCGCCCUCUACGUCUUCAAUGCGCCCGAACCCAACCACGCCGGCGAAAUUGUGACCCAGAUCCAGCAGUCGCCCGGUCUCCGCGUCCAGAUCCAAGCCAAGCGCUCGAGCAUGGCGUUCAACGGCCAGACGUCGGCGACGGUCUAUGUCAUUCCGCGCGCCGGGUCAGGCUCCAACCUCAAGUUUGACGCGUUCUUGUCGCAACCGGGUCCGGACGUGACGGCCAACUACGUUCUCUUGAACGACCGCGCGUACUGGUCGACCAUUCAAGGCAACACAACAACGGAUGCGGGCUGCUUGGAUGCCUCUCAAUUUCCUCCCGUCCAGCUCAUGCAAGCGAGUCUCACCGACGCCAUCGUUGUCGCCAACGUCAAUGGCCAAACGGUCGACUGUCCGUCCGGAAAGCUUCUGCAACUGCAGUUUGCGGGCGAGGCAUUUAUCUUUUGCAACUCCGAGACCAACAAACUCACGAAGGCCGUGGGCACGGACCUCGACAUGACGAUCGAGUACCUCAGCGACCCGACGUUGCUGCCCGAUUUUGACGUGCCGCAGGUGGUCGGCAAGGCACCGCUGGACUGCCCAGUUGUUGUGUCGGACGCUGCGGUGCGCAGUAGCGAGCGUCUCCGGACCGCGACGCCCGAGUUUUUUUGGUCGUCCGCGUCGUGCGGGUGCAAGGGCCCGAAGAAGCCGUGUUUGUUUGUCCACGGUGUUGGCGAAAAGUCGAGCGACGUCCAGAAGCACGCACCGUGCUGCUCGAGCGUCAAGUUUGCCCACUACGAGUCCGUGAAGCGGGCGUGGAACAACCCGUCGACGCAAACUGAGUUUUGCGACACGGCGCUCAAGGUCGGCUCCUCGGGUGGCAAGACGAUCGACAACAUGAUCUUGGUGACCUUCUCGAUGGGCAACCUCGUCGCGUCCGGCGCGGUCGCGACCGGCAAGUGCAGCAUCGGCAAAGGCGUCACGUGGGUCUCGAUCGGCGGCCCGAUGCAGGGUAGCAAGGCAGCCAAUCUUCUUGAACAAAAAUGUGCUGGCAACGGCUGGGACAUUGUGCUCAAGGGCAUCCUCGGUCUCAUUGGCUACUGCCCCGCGACGCCCGCGUACCUCAACAUGCGCCACCAGAACACGGCGAACGCGGCGCUUGUCAGCGACUACCAAGCGGCUCAACGCGUGCGUCAGCAGUACGUGACCAAGGUCCUCUGCGGCGUCAACUCGUUUGGCUUGGUGUCAACGGACGCGAUUGCGCUCUCGGUCGUUGGCGCUCUUGUCAAGCACGACACCCAACACGACGGCGUCGUGGACUUUAACAGUUGCAGCGUCGGCAUCGGCGGGUUCCAAACAAGCGCCAGCUCGAGUGCCAACUACAAGGCGUCGGUAAACCACCUCGACACGUCGUUCCGCCACGGCGACGGCUGGUGGGGUGCCGACCGCAAGCCGCUCAAGUGGUUCGAGUGUGCGCUGUAA